AUGUUUUCACCGAAGAGGGUGAAGUUGGAUAGGCCGAUAGUGGCGGCACACAGUAAUAUAUUUGCCUUUCUUCUUCGCGUCAAUGAGGAGCGCCGUAUUUUUGCGACACUUCGGGUUGCUGGUGGGUGGGUGAGGGAUGCCCUGCUUGGCCUUCACUCACAGGACAUUGACAUUGCCAUAGAAUCUUCCGAUUUGAGGCAUGUUUCCGGUGAACUUUUUGCUCGUGAGGUCUCGGCAUAUCAGGAGGCGAUGGGCAUGGCCGCAAGAACAGUGAGUGUCAUCCGAGUCAAUCCAGAGUUGUCCAAGCAUAUUGAGACAGCGACAGUAUGUGUGUGUGACACUCCUAUUGAGUUUUGUGCAUUGCGUCAUGAUGAAUACACGAGGUCAAAUUCACGUAUUCCAGAGGUUCGACCUGCCACCCCGCUAGAAGACGCCUUGCGUCGUGAUUUUACCAUCAAUGCACUUUUUUACAACUUGCAUACAAUGGAGGUGGAGGACUAUACGUCGGGUCUAGAGGAUUUGCAGCGACGUGUUCUACGCUGCCCAUUAGAACCGAGGGAGACAUUUACAGACGAUCCGUUACGUUUAUUGCGCGGAAUUCGUUUUGUGGGCCAAUUGGGCGAACUGGGUUUCUCUCUUGAUGAUUCUAUCAUGUGUUGUGUAAACAAGGAUCUUCUCGAGAAGAUGACGGUGAAGGUGUCACGGGAACGUAUUGGGAAGGAGCUAGUAAAGAUGUUGUCAGGUCCAUCUCCUGAAAAAUGUGUUGAACUUCUUUUAGAACUGGGUAUUUUACAGCACGUGUUGCUGAUAGAGUUUUACAUGAAGAGUGGCAAGAAAGGCAAAAACACCGGAGAGGUAGAGAGAAUGGAUUACUUGUUUUCCGGUAUCGAUACAAAUGAUGACACCCUUAAGUGCAUCGUAGCCCUCAACCGCACACUGACGCCCCUAUUUUCGAAAACUGACUCUCCAUUGCUUUUGUCGUCACCAUCAGACAAGUUGGUGGCUGUGCUUUUUAUGUUGUGCUUGCCAUUCUAUCGCAGCAGUCCUCGUGAGCAACUGACAGAACGCCUCUACGCGUUUUGUCUGAACGGGUUGAAGUUGCCACUUGCCUCUUAUAAUGUCUUGCGGCGCAUGGUUGAAUGUUACAAAACUCUUACCCGGCAUCGGCUGGAUUUGUGUGGCAUCACCGAUCCGGGAGUAACGGAUGCGGCGAAGCUCGCUGUGUUCGAGGGGUUGGGCGACUUGAACGAAAAGAAAAUGAUUCCGGCUGCGUUGAAAAUUGUUCUUUCGUCCUAUCUGCUUCUUGAGCACCGAAGGGAACUUUUGGAAUCUGCCGAAGUGAAUGCAGUGGCAAGCAUCAUUAGCGAAAUGUGGUCCGUCUUGGAACGGGAGCCGGGAUUACUUGAUUCCAUGACUCGUUCGCUACCACUAAAAGGUGACGAGCUCUCCAAGCUGAUCCCUCUUGAUCUUCCACAAAUUGGGCCUGCCCUGUUGGCGCUUCGAAAGUAUGCGAUGUUUCAUCCACAAGCGUCUCGGGAAGAUAUGAUCUUGUGGCUGAGGGAGAAGAAGAAGUCGCUGUGA